CUGAGCAGCAGCAGCACCCGGCAGGAUGAGCGGUCCUCUCGCCCUCUGCUGCCUCCUCCUCUCCGCCCUCAGCCUCCGCCUGACCUCCGGUUAUUUAACCGUUUCCAUUGAGCCCCUCCCACCUGUCGUCAUCGGGGACACAGUCACACUCAAGUGCAACUUCCACACAGAUGGAAACCUCCGAGAGAUUGUGUGGUUUCGGGUGACUGAAGGAGGCAGUGCCAAGCAGAAGAUUUUCACCUAUGAUGCCAUGUACAACACCAGCUAUUCCCACAUGGAGGACAAACACAGGCGGGAGGACCUGGUCUACCAGUCAUCUGUGCGGCUCCCUGAAGUCCAGAUGGAGGACGACGGCCUGUACGAGUGCCACGUGGGGAUCUAUGACAGGAGCUCCAGAGACAAAGUGAUCCUAUCCUCUGGCAGCAUCGUCCUCACAGUCAUAGUACCUCCCAAGUCUAUCUCCGUGGUGGCAGCCAAUAGCCCGGCUCCUUUCAGCCGCUACGAGGCCCAGAACUUCACUCUGGUUUGCAUUGUUACAGGAGCAAAGCCAGCUCCCAUGGUGUACUUCAAGCGGGACGGCGAGCUUAUUGAUGUGGUGCCAAGUGCCCAGACACCUGCCUCAGAGGAAGACCAAAGCAAGGUCCCAGGUCAAGAAAAGAGCAGGGGCAGGAGCCAGGUGAGGCCCCGGGGUUCCCAGGCUCUCACCAGUCGAGACCUUGACGACACCAAACUCCAGAAGUCCCUGCUGGAACAAGAGGGGAAGCUGGCUCGGCUGGGCCAAGACGGCCCUGAAGGGCCCCAACAGGGCCAAGAGCAAGUGUCCGAGUCGGACUCCGAGCCAACCACUGAGGUGAUCCCGGAGACGGUGGUGAGCCGGGAGUUUCCCCGCUGGGUCCAGAGCAGCGACCCGCUCUACUACUUCCAGCAUCAGCAGCAGGCGUCAGGUGACGGCACCAUGGAGGUGAGAGCCAUGCUGACCUGGAGCCUCAACCCCCAGCUGGACAACGAGGCCCUGUUCAGCUGUGAGGUCAACCACCCAGCACUGUCCAUGCCCAUGCAGGCCGAGGUCACUCUGACUGCUCCCAGAGGACCCAAGCUGUCCAUGAGUCCCAGCAAGGCCAAGGUGGGAGACACAGUGCGGAUCACAGUCCAGGGCUUCCAGCUGGGACCUUCUGCAAGUGAGGUCUUCCCCGAGCCCAUUUACACCUGGACCAAGGUGGGCGGGCCUCUGCUGGACGGCAGAGAGGAGCAUAACGGGCGGGAACUCAUCCUGGAGAGAGUUCCUGCUGAACUCAACGGGUCCAUGUUCCGCUGCACGGCCCAGAAUCCUCUGGGCUCCACAGACACUCACACCCGCCUCAUCGUGUUCGACAACCCAAGACUGAAGAAAGGAAAGGAACAUUUUAACGCCAUUGACUCAGGGGCCACUCAUCUCUGGUUCCCCUUCACCUCCAUGUUGCUGCUGCUGAGCUUCACCUGCAAGCUGACGUGAUCCUAGGCUCUGCUGCUCCUCCACACACACCACCACCCACAUCUACCUGAGGCACCUGCUCUUUAAUGACCCCCGGGAACAUCAAAAACUCCACCCAGCAGCAACACUCUGCUGGAACGUUACAGGUGCGGCAGGACCAGGAUCAGGUCCAGAUGCUGUAACGAGC